AUGAUGGAGACUGGUCUUAGAAGGAGGCGGAUGGAUGGAAAAUUUGCAAAUUUGAUUUUAUUGCAGCAGUGGAUUAUAACACUAAAGUUUGAAAGGUUCAACAACAGUACAAUUAAAGUAAGGUGGACAGUAAUUAUUGAAAGUAAUAAUAAUUAUUAUCAUCAACAUCAAAAUAGCAUUCACCAACAUCAACAACUUCAACUUCAACAUCAACAACAAUAUCAACAUCAUCAAUUUCAACAACAACAACAACAACAACAAUCAAAAAUGAUGGUAUUAAGUGGAUCAACUGGUGGAACAGCAACUGGAAGUCCAAGUUUGAUUGGUGGUGGUAAACCAAGAAUCAGUACCCCGCCAUUUGUUGGUAUCGGAAGUGGCAGCUACAAUAACGAAGGCUCUGGAUUCAAAAUUUUCUCUAGUGCCGAUAGAAAUUCCAAUGGCUCCAACUCCUUUCAUAAAUCUACAUCCAGCUUGCCUUUCACAAGUACAAGUUUUUCCACUUAUGGCGGUAGUUCCGGUGGUAACCCUGUUGAUCGUUCACCAAGUUUCAGUAGCUCCUCUGGAAUCAGUCCUUACAUUUCCAGUAUCAAUAUCAAUAGUAACAACAACAAUGGUGGUGUUAUAAUUAGAGAUAGUAGUUACAGUAUUGGUGGUGGAUCAUUCAAUCUUAAUAAUAAUAGUAAUAGCAAUAGUAAUAAUAGUAAUCUUCUAAUUCAUUCACAUAGACAACCAUUACAACAUAAAGAAACACCUUCACUUUUAAUUUUCCAUGCACCUCUUUCACCAUUGGAUCAACAACAAACACAGCGACUUCACAAUCAAAUACAACAGCAACAACAACAACAGCAGCAGCAACAACAACAAAAGAAACAACCAAAUCCAUUCGACUCGAUUAAAUCAAUUUUCAAUGGACAAGAAUCAUCAGGCGAAUCUAACAAUAUUAAUAACAAUAAUAAUCAUAAUAAUAAUAAUAAUAACACCAAUCAUCCUUCAUAUCAAACCAAUACCCCCUCCACUAAAAAGCCAAUUAGCUUCAAUGGUGGUAGUGCCAACAAUAGUCCAGUCAUCAAAAGUCAGAAUAUUAAAUCAGGAUCUGACCAGUCCAAAGCCCAAUGUAAAACACCCGAUUGUAUUGUGUGUGAAAGAGGUCCACCACCCUCCUUUGAGAAAGGUACACCGAUUUGGUCUCAAAUUCUACAUGUCGUACUAUACGCUCUAACGGAAUCCUCCAAGAUGAGCUCACAAUUCUCUCAACUGAAUCGUCCAAACCGUUCAGAGAUGCCAAACGGUAAAAAGUACUUUCAUCUUCGUGAUGAUAUUUAUGAGUUUAUCAAUGUACAUUGGGAUGUCAUAUGUAGACGUGAAAGAAUUCCACAUUGGAAACAUACAAUUGGUAUGACAUUAUCACAUUAUCAAAAUCUUUUUAAAAAUGGAUAUCAAAUCUUCCAUAAUACAGGAUAUUGGUGUUUGAAAGAUGAGAAUUCCAAUCCAUAUGAUGUCGAUGAAAGUGAUGUCAAAAAGAGAAAAGUUACAAAGAACGAUAUUUCCGCUGCCGCAUUUCUAAAGAAACAAUUACAACAACAACAACAACAAGCUCAACAGCAACAGCAGCAACAACUAAAACAACAACAACAAGAACAACCUAUUCACCAACCCCUUUCCAUUUCACUUCAGUCCAUUCCAUCUCAGCUUUCUGAAGUGGCAUUUCAACAACAACAAUACAUAAGUACUAAUGUAAAUUAUUAA